UGCCCGGGGCACCGGCCGCAGCUCUACCGCUGGCGGCGCCUCACGGCCGGGGCCAGGCCGAAGCCAAGGUUUGACUCUGAUAACUUGGAACGCUGGAUCAAGAAAGCGGACCAAGCCUCUGAGUAUGCUGUCUCUGAAGCUUUUUCCCUUCAAAAGUCAAGGUAUCCACUGGGGCCUUGUGGUCCUGUGACAAGUUUGGAAACUGUGGAACAGCUGCAAGAUCAUGAUGAGGCCCGUGAGGAAGCCCAAGAGCUGCUCAGUAACUGGAUGAAGUCCAAACUGCAGCGGGAGCUGAUGAGCGAUGGCGAAGAUGAGGUUGACACUGUCCUCGUGGAAAAGCCUUCUGCAGUCCCUCUGAAGUAUGAGCGGUUUGAUGACUUGUGCAGCUAUCUAGAACAUGAACUGGAAAGUUCUUCUGUCCAAGAAUACCUACAGCAUCUUUUGCAGAGUGAAGUCGUGAACUGUGGGAUAGCGGAAGACCUUAGACUUGAAGACAUCAAGGAAAAACAAAAACUUGUAGAUCCACGAAUAAUCAUGGAGCUCAGACACAAGCAGGUGAAAGAAAACCGAUUGAGGCGUCAGAAGGCAUUAGAGCUUCAGAGACAAGAAAAGUCCCUGAAGAAAUCAGUUCUGUCUGAGGCCAAGCUCCAAGCACAGGAGGAGGACAGAAGGAAGGCCCUGAAGGCCAAGAAGGAGGAGGAGGAAAUCCAAAGGGAAAUGGUGAAGCUGCGAAAGGAAAUGGCUGAGAAGAGGCAUACCAUGGCAAAAGCAUGGAGAAUGGAGGGGAAGAGACAAGAAGAAAGUCAGAAGCUGUCAAUGCAGGAGGUAUCUAUUACUGCAUCACCGCCCCUGGUCCUGAAGGAAGAACAGCAAGGAGAAGAGAAACAGAGAAGGGCUCAGGAGCUGCUGCGCAGGAUUCACACCAAUAAGCAGAGAUGCAUGCAACGACAUUUCUCUGCCUGGCUGAAAGUCAUUCUGGAGCACAGAAUUAAAAUGGGAAAAGCCAGAGCCUUUGCUGACUGGAAAUGCCAACUGAAGGCCCUGCGAGCCUGGAGAAACUAUACUUGGGACCAGAAAGUCGAGCAGGAGAUACAGCAACUGGAAGUUCAUCUCCAAGAUCAAAACAGGAAAAACCAACUGUCUGUGGAGCAUAACCAGCGACGGCUUUUGCGCUGCUGCUUUCUGGCAUGGCAGCGCUGGAGCCAAGCAGAGACAGAAAAGCGAGAGCUGCAGAUCAAGAGGGAGGAGAUGAAGAGAAAGAUGGCACAGCUGCUGGAGGCAGUGUCACUGGGGAAGAGUGGUCUGGACAGGCCACUGGAUGUUAACAAGCCUGGGACAGCAGCUGUAAACCAUCAUCAAGAUUUGCAGCAAGACCAGCCAACCAAAACUUGCCUUAUACAGAAAGAACCUGACCAGACCAGAGACCACUCCUGUUGGGAUGCUGCUCACACAUCUCAUUCCUACAGAAAACUCAAAUUUGCCUGGGAGAUUACUGUAAAACAUGCAGCCCUGAGUGCCCAGGAUGAGGUUGUGUACAGGAAUCAAAUAGUCUCUCUCCCCCAGCAGUUUCAGGCACCUGGUCCAAAGACAGCUCCUGCUUAUGGUAGCCAUUUUGAGCACCGUCAUGCCUUCCAGCAACGUCUGAUUGAGGAGCAGAGGCAGCAGCUUCAGAAACAGCGAGAGCUGAUCCUUGAACUGCAGGAAAAUCAGAGGCUGAGCAGAGCUAAAGAAGAGUCAGCACAAGCCACGGCUGUAACCCAGCCUCGUGACAACUCUGCUUCACAAACCAGGGAGGAAAAACUGAAGAGGGAAAAACAAUCCAGAUGCAAGAAUACAACCCAUUUGAGUCCACCUGUUUCUCAUGGGCCAGAAAACAAAAGGGCAGCGAUGCAAGGCAGGAGGCCCUCCAGCCAGCUGACCUCAGCUCAUCCCAUACUGAAAGCUAUGGAGGAGAGAGCAACUCAGCGUGCAGAACGGAGAAGGAAACUAGAAGAAGCCAAACAAAGAAGACAAGAGGAAAAAUUGGCCCAGCUGAAGGCUGAAGAGGAAGAACGACAGAGGAAGGAGGCUGAGGAAAAGGAAGCUCAGCAGGAAAAACGACGGGAGGAGAGACGGCAGCAGAAGCUGAAAGAGCUGGAGAAGCAGAGGAGGCUGGAGAAAGAGCAGCAGCUCCAGAAAAAGGCCAGAGAUCACUAUGAGAAGGUCCUGCUGAGAAAGCUGGGAAUGGUGCCAUGGAAAAGGCUGAGGGAGCAAGCCAAGGAAAACCUGGUGGUGGCACAAAGGCACCACUGCUUGGGCCUGCAGAGGAAAUGUCUGAUGACUUGGCUCCAGGACACCCAGGAAAGCCUCAUGGAGAAGGUGUCUCAGGCUGAGGACUUCUAUUCCCAUAUGUUACUGAGACGGGGCUUCAAGAACUGGCUAAAGUACAAGGAUUAUCUCUCCACUCUGGAGGAGAAAGCGAGUACCCUCCAUGCAGCCUGCCUCAUGAGGAAGUACUUCUGGGCAUGGUUUGAUGUGAUCAUGGAGGAAAAAAGUACUUUAUGGGAGAAGCUGAAGAUUGCUACUGAACACAGUAACAAGAGACUCAUGCUGAAUGCAUUCAAGGCAUGGAAGCAGUACCCAUUACUGAUGAAAAAGGAAAGAGAGAGAGAGGAAAGGAGAAACCAGCUACGCAGGAGAGUAGCUGAAAUUCUCCCCAACUUCCAAACAUGACAGAAGAGAGUCAAAGAUGACUGGAAGAGGACACAAAAAGACUGAUUCUGUUCAGUGCUAUCUUCCUACUGACUGAAACAAAUCCAAGGGAAAGUCCUGUCCAGUGCAAAGGGUCUUACAACCAAAGGAAGCUCCCUGGGGUCACUGCUGUCGUAAACUAAGCAUAUAUGGAAACUUAGCUGACGGUUUCACUUUGUACUUCAGGGGGUUAUUCCCCACAAGGUCCUCAUGUGAAG